UCCACUUGGGGGCGAAAAUGCGCUAAAUACAAGCUGAAAUGAAUAGACGAAGAAGAAGAAAGCAAAGGGCGGAAGUAACGUGUUUAGACACCCGGAAGCGGCAUGGACUAAGAGCUUAGCGACACAUCAGGACUGAUUAGUGUUUAUUUCAGCAGAUCUUCGGUUUAAUUCAGUAGUUUAUAAAGUUAUAAAUAGAGAAUAAUGGCCGAGGCGCAUCAGGGACGAAUGCAGAAUGCGGUGGAGGAGAUGGUGCAAAACCUGGAGAGGGAUCACAUUAGGACCAUGCAGGGCCGGAUGUUCCGGUGCAGUGCAGAAUGCUGCGAGCGCAAAACUGCCUCUAUGAGUCAGGUUCAUGAGUGUAUAGAGCGCUGUCACACACCUCUGGCUAAAGCGCAGGGACUUGUCACUAGUGAGCUGGAAAAGUUUCAGGAUCGUCUGACACGAUGUACUAUGCACUGCAACGAUAAAGCCAAAGACCUGUUUGACUCGGGGGCGAAGGAUCCAGCUGUGCGUGCUCUUAUGGAUAAGUGUGUAGGCAGCUGUGUGGACGAUCACCUCAACCUGCUGCCCAGCAUGACACACAGACUGAAGCAGAACCUGGAGUCUAUACCACAGUGAGCAGUCAGCUGUUAAAUCACUAUCAGUGAUGAAUAUGUGAAGGAUCACACAUUCAACUGAAAGCCAGAGCUUUAUGUUGGACAUCAUCAGCGUUACCGCCUCAACCGCACGUUUUUGUACGGACAAUAAAAACAAUUAUUGUGACGUUAAACAAACUGGUUGUUUGACUUUGUUGACUAAUGAAAAAUCAAACUUAAAGGUACCUGAAAUAUUUUGAAUGAAAUUACAUUUUUUUUCUGAAAUAUUAAGAAUAAUGACACAAUUGAUCCAAACAACUGUUCAAUUUUAAGCUUAAAAACAAAGUUCUGAAAUAGAAAGCAGAAAUCUGAUCACAUGUAAUUUUGUCUUUUAAACAGAUUUAUUAGUCAGUUGUUCACGUAAGAAAUUAAUGUGGUGUUCAUGAAAAUCCAGGAAAAAUGGAAAAACAUUUGUAUUUUGUUUGUCCUUGAGUUUGUGUAAACUUCCCUAUAAGGACACUAACAGAGUUAAAUCUCAAUAAAACAGCUUUGAAUCACAAACAAUAAAUUUUAUGAAACUUUUAAGAAAG